AUGGUUUCUGCCCUACUCAAGACUAUAUCAUCCUACAUUGAGAAGAUUUGCAAAGGAAUGUUUACAAAGAAAUUGGCCAACCCAAUAAAAAAGAAAGAGAGAAGUGAAAAUAAAGAGUCCAGAUUGACCACUGAUUUGCACGCACAUAAUUUAACUCUCUCUACAACACUGAAGACAACUGUAAAAAAGAUUUCCAAAUGCUCUUCGGCACGUAACAUAUCGCUUGAAGACGACGACGGAAAGAACGACUGCUCGUCGCUUUCACCCACCUUCAGUUAUCGUGUAGCUAUAGCCAAUGGACUUCCAAAAAACUCACUUUUUCUAAACAAUAAUGAAAGUUUUUUUCCUGAGGUUCUUUCAAUUGACAGUAGCUAUUCUGAUUCCCUAAGUGACUCAAAGCCAGUCCGACGACUGGAUGAGCAUAAAUCACACACUAUGCCGGUCAGACGAAAUAGAAAGAGCCUUAUCAGUUUGGCUCCCUCUGAUGGAAGCUCAGAGGGGGAGCGUGUGGAACGCUCCAGUUUACAUACACUUCGACUAGGGGCUCUACGCAAGCUUAGAAAAUGGAAGAAAAGUCAGGAAUGUGUUUCUUCCGACUCUGAGGCGAGCAACUGGAGAAAAACCUUGGGCAUACGUAGCAAGUCCUUGGAUCGGGCUGGCCGACAACAUAAGACCUCGACCUUGGAACCAGGGUCCUCCUCUACAGGAUGCAUAAGUCAAACCCAGGAUGUUAUGGAGAUGAUUUUCAAGGAGCUUCAAGGGAUCAGCCAGAUAGAAACAGAACUAUCAGAACUGCGAGGUCAUGUAAAUGCACUGAAAAGUUCUAUUGAUGAGAUAUCUAGCAGUGUAGAAGUAGUUCAGAGUGAAAUUGAGCAGCUUCGUUCAGGAUUUGUUCAGUCAAGAAGGGAGACCCGUGAUAUACAUGACUACAUAAAACAAAUUAGUACUCAAGCUAAUAAUUCCACUUUACGAUUUCUCAAUGUCCCAGAAGAAAGAUCUGAAAAAACUGAGAGUUUGAUAUAUAAAUUAUUAAAAGAGAAGAUGGGCUUUGUUGAUGCUCAUAAAACAAUUAAAAUUGAACUUGCACAUAGGUUAGGUCAACAAAGGGAAUGUUUGAAUGCAAAACCUCGUCCCAUUAGUUAUUUUGCAUCACCUCAAGACAGGGAUGUUGUUUUGAAAAAAUGCUAUAAGCUUAAAGGAACUGGAAUAACAGUGUCUACUGACAGCUUAACUCAUGAUGGAAAAGAAAGAAAAGACAAGGCAAUGUCUUCCUCUCAGACAUAUGAAAGUAUGGACAUUAAGGUUUCAGCAAAGGAGAAAGUGGUAGAAAGUGAUGAUUGGGAUUCCAUGGACAGUGACAAAGAAUUAGAGGAAUUAAGUAGAAAUAAAUAUGCAAUGGUUCUCUCGAAGCCAGUUCAUAAAAGCAAGUCAGAGAAAAGACGUUCCCAUGACCAUCGUCGGUCAGGAGAGGAGGCUAGCUACUCAGGGUCGGGUCAUUACGCUGAUGAGUCCUAUUAUGACCCAGAUAAACAUGGAAAGUCCUACUAUUCAGAUUUAACCCCUGGAUGGCUCUCUCAAAGUGAAUAUUCUACCCCCAAACUAAGUCGUUCUGAAUCGGAUUGUUCCAAGCUUUGCCAGUCUUACUCAGAGGACUUCUCUGAGAGUGCAUACUUUACUCGAGUCAAUGGUGGCUCACUUCUUUCUUCAUCAGACCAAGAACUGUGGCAAAGAAAACAGGAGGAUAUGGCCUCUUCUUGGUAUGCAGGUUCUAGUCAGCCCUAUGAACACAAUGAAAUGGAAACUACAGAAACUAUUGAUAGUGGUGUCAGCAAUGGACUUAUCUGUAUGUCUGGUGACAGAAGCCAUUAUAGUGGCUCCCAGCUUUCUUUGCAGGGUGAUAUAUCUCCGUGGAAAGAUUGGCAAAAUUUAGAACAAGGAGCUGACUCUGGUCUAGAAGCUUCUGUUGAGGUUAGCAGUCCAUUUGACCCAUCCACUAUUCCUGGAUUUCCAGAAAAUAUCACUAAAUGCCAGGAAGUAGAUUUACAGUUUGAGGGUGAUGAAGAAUUCAUGCGUGAUAGGGAUGCUCCCUUGCCACCGAUUACUACUCACAUCAUAACCCCAGUUGCAGAGCGGGAAUUAGUCAAGACUCUUCGAACAUCAAAAGAAGGGUCUAAAGCAGUUCAAAAAGAAAGCACAAAAACAUCUUCAAAAGACAGCUCCAAACAUAAUACAAAAGUAACGCAAAAACAGGCAAAAGUGACUCCAAAAGAAGAAACAACAAGACUAUCCUCUAAAGAAACUCCCAAGGUAGCAACCAAGGUAACACCCAAAGUGACCACUAAGGACUUAGCUAAAGACUCCCAAAAAGUUCAUAAAGCAUCUGCUAAAGACACACAAAAAGGAACUGCUAAAGACACUGUAUCUGCUAAAGAUGCUUCUCAGGUUGUUCCUAAAGACACUUAUAUUUCUAAACCCAGUUGCAAAGAUCUUUCAAAAACACCAGUUCGAGAAGUAUCUAAAGUAACGUCCAAAAUAGCAUCUAGUGAGACUAAAGUUACAAACAAAAUCUUCACUAAAGAGAGUCCUACAGUGAUGUCUAAAGAAAGUCCUAAAGAGCCCCCUAAAGAGAGUCCUAAAGUUACACCGAUCAUGAGUCCUGCUUCAACCCCAAAAGAGUCUCCAAAAGAGUCCCCCAAAGAGUCUCCAAAAGAGUCCCCUAAAGAGUCUCCAAAAGAAUCCCCUAAAGAAACCCCUAAAGAGUCUCCUAAAGAAUCACUGAAGGUUAUUCACAAGGAGCCCACACACAUUACAUCUAAAGAAGUCAAACCUGCUAAAGAACUUACCAAAGAAGUUGCAAAAAUAACCCAAGAAGAGGUUCCAAAAGAAACACCUAAAGCAGCACCAAGAGCAACGGGAAAAGUGCAGAAUAAAGAAAGUAAUAAUACAAUUCCAGCUAAAGAAGGUGCUAAAGUAGUGUCUCCAGAAAGUGUAAAGGUGCCCCAAAUUGAACAGAGAGCCACACCUGCUGAACCUGCUAAAGUUGAAGCUAAAACAACUCCUAAAGUAUCUCAAAGAACUGUACCAAAAGAGGGCUCUAAAACACUUCCAAAACAAGAAAAGUUUCCUGAAUUGGAUGUCAACCAUAGUUUUCACCAAGCACAGAAUAAAUCAUCCAGUAUGUACCGUAGUCAAAGUGAAAUUCGAACAGAGAAAGUUGAAGAAGUUCCAAAAUCUUGGAGUAGUAGGCUAAGUAUUGACCUUAGUGAAAAAUCAUUUGGGUUUGGCUUUGGUUCUACUCUGCAAAGAGCUAAAUCAGCUUUGGAGGUUGUGUGGAAAACUGGAGCUCAACCGAAUCAGACUCCUCCUCCACCACCUCCGCCUGAGGAGCCCUCAAGCUCAUCCUUUAUGGGCCGUUUCCGGACACUGUCUGGUUCAACUACUAGUAAUUCCAGCCCUGCACCUAUUGCACCACCUGAGGUCUACAAAGAGCCCACCCAGAGCAAAUCUGAGGAAAAGAAGGAACAAGACCCACCAGUGGAGUCUGAAGAACAGCCUGACAGUGAGACUCAUUAUGUGGAAGUGAUGGAACAAGUGUUGGCUAACUUGGAGAACAGAACAAGCAUUGUUGAAACUGACGAUGUGACAGAGCAGACACAGGAGUGUGAGACUUCUCAGGACUAUGACAUGUCUGAUGACAUUGAUGCCUCACAAGACAAUGAUGCACCUCAGGACAUUGAUAAUACUCAAGACCUAGAGGCCUCAGAGGGCUCAGAGGCACCUAAAGAGGCUUGUGUUCUGGAAUAUGACUGCAGUUUAGACGAUCAAUAUGACGAAGAGUAUAGUGAGGAAUUUGAGGCACAUCUAACUCCGGCAACAGCUGAAUAUGAUGCUAUGGUUGAAUAUGUAGAUGUAGAAGAACCAGAUGAAACCGAGGACAACGAUGUGACUGAGGAGAUGGAAGAGGGUGUUGAGGACUUAGAGGAGGUGCCAGAGAUAGUGGAUGAGGCCACAGAGGUGUCAACAAAUGUGGACCAACAGCAAGAAGAAGAAAACAAAAAUGUUCCAGAGGAGAAAGGUCCAGAAGCCCCUCCUAAAAAGCGUGUGCGACCUACAUUCAAGGAAGCCGCACUGAGAGCCUACAGAAAACAGAUGGCUGAGCUGGAGCAGCAGAUCCUGGCAGGAGGUUUAUGUUUUUUUACUUCAAAGCCCCGCAGCAUUCUGGAUCCCAAACUGCUUGGCUUGCAGUCUGUAGGGGCUGGCAGUAUUCUUUAUGGUAUUGACAGCAUGCCAGAUUUACGUCGAAAGAGGACAGUGCCUCUUGUCCGAGACCUGACCCUCGCUGCACGAAAGGCAGGCAUCUCGUUCGCUCUAGUGAACCGCUCCACCCUGAAUAAUGAGGAUCUGAAACUCCAUGUUUUCAAGAAGACUCUCCAAGCACUAAUUUACCCCAUUUCCUCUACAACGCCUCACAACUUUGAGGUCUGGACAGCCACCGCUCCCACUUACUGUCAUGAGUGUGAGGGGUUGCUCUGGGGUAUUGCACGCCAAGGGAUGCGCUGCUCUGAAUGUGGUGUCAAGUGUCAUGAGAAGUGCCAGGACUUACUCAAUGCAGACUGUUUACAAAGGGCGGUGGAGAAGAGUUCCAAGCAUGGAGCAGAGGACAAGACUCAGAACAUUAUCAUGGCAAUGAAGGAACGCAUGAAGAUUCGAGAAAAGAACCGUCCUGAGGUGUUUGAAGUUAUCCAGGAAAUGUUCCAGAUUUCUAAAGAGGAUUUCUCCAGUCAUCUGAAGACUGCCAAGCAGGCUGUGCUGGACGGAACCUCCAAGUGGUCUGCCAAGAUCAACAUUAUAGUCAUGAGUGCCCAAGGACUUCAGGCCAAGGAUAAAACGGGUUCAAGUGACCCUUAUGUAACAGUCCAAGUGGGUAAGACCAAGCGCCGGACCAAGACUAUUUUUGGAAACCUCAAUCCUGUCUGGGAUGAAAAGUUUUACUUUGAAUGCCACAACGCCACCGACCGCAUCAAGGUGCGAGUUUGGGAUGAGGAUGAUGACAUCAAAUCACGGGUCAAGCAGCAUUUUAAGAGGGAGUCGGAUGAUUUCUUGGGCCAAACCAUCAUCGAGGUCCGCACUCUGAGUGGAGAGAUGGACGUUUGGUAUAAUUUGGAUAAAAGAACAGACAAGUCUGCCGUCUCUGGGGCCAUCCGACUGAAGAUCAGUGUUGAAAUGAAGGGAGAGGAGAACGUGGCUCCACCUCAUGGCCAGUACACCUGUCUACAUGAGAACCUGUUCCACUACCUGACGGAGGUGAAGAACGGCGGCGUGGUGAAGAUCCCCCAGGUGAAAGGGGACGAGGCGUGGAAGGUCUACUUUGACGACGUGUCCCAGGAGAUAGUGGAUGAGUUCGCCAUGAGAUACGGAGUGGAGUCCAUCUAUCAGGCUAUGACGCAUUUUUCCUGUCUUUCUGCCAAAUACAUGUGUCCCGGUGUGCCAGCAGUGAUGAGCAACCUGCUUGCAAAUAUAAACGCCUACUUCGCCCACACCACCACCACAACCACGGCAUCUGCUUCAGACAGAUUUGCAGCCUCCAACUUCGGGAGAGAGAAGUUUGUCAAAUUGCUGGACCAGCUACAUAACUCUCUGAGGAUCGACCUCUCCAAAUAUCGGGACAACUUCCCAGCAGGAAACCCAGAGCGACUCCAAGAUCUCAAGUCCACUGUUGAUCUACUAACUAGCAUCACAUUUUUCAGAAUGAAGGUACAAGAGCUACAAAGUCCACCAAGAGCGAGCAUGGUUGUGAAGGACUGUGUCAAAGCUUGCCUGGAUUCAACCUACAAAUAUAUUUUUGAUAACUGUCACGAACUAUAUAACCAGCUGCUGGACCAGAGCCGGAAGCAGGAUAUUCCCCGUGAGGAGCAGGGACCAUCAAUCAAGAACCUAGACUUCUGGCCCAAACUGAUCACCCUCAUGGUAUCUGUGAUCGAUGAGGACCGCACUGCAUACACCCCCGUCAUUAACCAGUUUCCACAGGAGCUGAACGUGGGCAAGAUCAGCUCUGAAAUCACGUGGAACCUCUUUGCCUUGGACAUGAAGUAUGCUAUGGAAGAGCAUGACAAGCACCGCCUAUGCAAAAGUACUGAAUACAUGAAUCUUCACUUCAAAGUCAAAUGGUUCUAUAAUGAGUAUGUCCGUGACCUGCCGGCCUUCAAGGGUGUCCCACCCGAAUAUUCUCUCUGGUUCGAGCCAUUUGUUAUUCAGUGGUUGGAUGAGAAUGAGGACGUUGCCAUGGAUUUCCUGAACGGUGCACUGGAAAGGGACAAGAAAGAUGGGUUCCAGCAGACGUCAGAGCACGCCCUGUUUUCCUGCUCAGUUGUGGAUGUAUUCACUCAACUCAACCAGAGCUUUGAGAUUAUCAAGAAGCUGGAGUGUCCAAACCCACAGGCUCUGGCUCAUUUCAUGUGCCGCUUUGCGAAGACUAUCAACAAAGUUCUUCUGCAGUAUGCUGCAAUCAUAUCCAAGGACUUUCACUUGUAUUUAACUAAAGAGAAUGUGCCAUGCAUUCUUCUCAACAACAUUCAGCAAUUGCGAGUCCAACUAGAGAAGAUGUUUGAGUCAAUGGGUGGCAAACAGCUUGAUGCAGAGGCCAGUGAUCUGCUGAAAGAACUGCAGAAUAAACUCAACACAGUACUGGAUGAGCUCAGUGGAGUGUUCGGUUCAAGUUUCAAACCUGUAAUAGAAGACUGUGUGAAGCAAAUGAACACAGAGCUGGUGCAAAUGAAAGGUCCGAUCAAAGGCAGUAACCCUGCGAUGGAUGCCGAGACUGUUCUACGACCGCUCAUGGACCUCCUGGAUAAAAACUUGAUGUUAUUUGCCAAGAUCUGUGAGAAGACUGUUUUGAAGCGGGUCCUAAAAGAGCUUUGGAAGAUAGUGUUGAAUACUAUAGAGAGAACCAUCGUUUUGCCACCGCUGAGUGACCAAAGUGUAACUCAGAUGAUCUUCAGUGCUGCCAAGGAUCUAGGACAACUUUCCAAAUUGAAGGAGCAUGCUUUUCGAGAGGAAGCCAGGAGUUUAACUCCACGACAAUGUGCAGCCAUGGACUUGGUGCUUCCCACCAUCAAGCAAUAUUUCCAUGCUGGUGGAAAUGGACUGAAGAAAACCUUCUUAGAAAAGAGUCCUGAUAUGAAGUCGCUCAAAUACGCUCUCAGCCUUUACACUCAACCUACAGAUGCCUUGAUCAAGAAAUAUAUAUGCACCCAAACCUCUCAAGGUCAGUCAUCCAAUGGAUCAGUGGGGGAGGUGUCAAUGCAAGUGAAUCUCAUCUCUCAUCCUGGCACCGGGGAGCACAAAGUCAGCGUCAAGGUGGUGGGGGUGAACAAGCUCAUGUGGCAGACCAAUGCCAUGUUCAGACCCUUUGUGGAGGUCAACGCCGUCGGACCACACCUGGCUGACAAGAAACGCAAAUUCAGCACUAAGACCAAGAACAACAAUUGGUCACCAAAGUACAACGAAACAUUCCAGUAUGUCCUGAGUAAUGAACAUGGUCCAGAGUACUACGAGCUGCAUGUCUCAGUGAAGGACUACUGUUUUGCACGGGAGGACCGCAUCAUAGGCAUGACUGUCAUCCCACUGCGAGAGCUGGCUGAAUCAGGCAGCUGCUCGGCCUGCUACCCUCUGGUCAAGAGCAUCUCUAUGGACGAAACUGGCCUCACUAUCAUGAGGAUACUCUCCCAAAGGACCAACGACGAAGUGGCUAAAGAGUUUGUGCGCCUAAAGACGGACACGCGUUCAGCGGAGGAGGUGUCGUAA